AGUGUGCUCGAGUGUUUUUGUGUUGUUGAAUUCGCUCGAGUGUGCCUACUGAGAUGGCGCAAUUUUCGAAAGACGCGGUAUGGUAUGGUUCGCCCGCGUUACACUUCAGUCGCGUUGGUGGCUGUAUGCGAUUUGACGUAUUUCGUGCCGUGCGCGGUGAUGACACUUGUCAACUUAUUUUAUGAAAUGUCAAAUGUUUUACACGCAUUGUGCAAGUGAAUAAUAAACAAAUUGACAGUGAAAUUGAUUUAAAUGCAGUGAAUUUCUUAUCGGUGACAUGGACUGUUAUUACUCGAAAUAUUAUCCGAGGCGUAAGUGUCAAAUGGAAAGUUUCCAGCGGUGAUCAGUUCGCACGAUGCACCCCGCCGGGUACUACGCUAACAUCGCGAGCGGCGCGCUCGCAGCCGGCACGAUUGCGUCCCCGUGGAGCGCGGCGGCCGGCGCGCCCGACACCAACGGCUCGGGCGGCCCGGACGCCAAGCACCUCGACGUCGGCGACGCUAGUGACGAUGAAAAGGACCUGUCAGCUGCAGAUGCGGAGGGUGUGUGGAGUCCAGACAUCGAGCAGAGCUUUCAGGAGGCGCUGGCUAUUUACCCGCCAUGCGGUAGACGCAAGAUCAUCCUCUCCGAUGAGGGCAAGAUGUACGGAAGGAACGAACUCAUAGCGAGAUAUAUUAAGCUAAGGACAGGAAAAACCCGCACAAGAAAACAGGUCUCGUCACACAUACAGGUGCUAGCGAGGCGGAAGCUACGAGAGAUACAGGCCAAACUCAAAGUGGACGGUGGUGUGAUGAAGGAUAAGGCGAUGCAGUCGAUGAGUACGCUGUCGAGUGCGCAGAUAGUUGCAGGCCUGCCGCAUCCGGCGUACCAUACGCAAUUUUGGCAACCUGGUCUACAAGCAGGCACUUCGCAAGAUGUGAAGCCGUUCCCGGGUGCGGGUUACAAGGGUGUGGGCUUAGGUCCAGGUGUCGGCGUGGGCGUGGGCGGCGCGGCCGACGUGGCGCCGCCGCCGUGGGAGGGCCGCGCCAUCGCCACGCACAAGCUCAGACUAGUUGAGUUCUCCGCCUUCGUUGAGCAUCCCAGAGAUGCGGAUACGUACCCUCCGAGCACAGCGCCUGCGCAACACCUUUUUGUCCACAUAGGUGGCACUGUCACCUACGCGGACCCCUUAUUAGAAUCAGUAGAUGUUCAACAAAUAAACGAUAAAUUCCCUGAGAAGAAAGGUGGCCUAAAAGAGUUGUACGAGAAAGGACCGAGGAAUGCGUUCUUCCUUGUCAAGUUCUGGGCUGAUCUCAACACGAAUAACUUAGAUGAUCCAGGUGCCUUCUACGGGGUCACUAGUGUGUACGAAAGCAACGAGAACAUGACAAUAAUGUGCAGCACGAAGGUGUGCUCGUUCGGGAAGCAGGUGGUGGAGAAGGUGGAGACGGAGUACGCGAGGUUCGAGGGCGGGCGCUUCGUGUACCGCAUUCAGCGCUCGCCCAUGUGCGAGUACAUGGUCAACUUCAUACACAAGCUCAAACACCUCCCGGAGAAGUACAUGAUGAACAGUGUGCUGGAGAACUUCACCAUACUACAGGUGGUGACGAAUAGAGAUACUCAAGAGACAUUAUUGUGUGCAGCGUUUGUGUUUGAAGUGUCGAACAGUGAGCACGGCGCGCAGCAUCACAUCUACAGGCUCGUUAAAGACUGAACACCAUCGCGUCACCACACAACAGCACAACACAACACAACAACACAACUCUGUCAUACUAAUACUGCACACAAAAAAAUACACGAUUCUAAUUUAUUAAAAA